AUGGCUAGGGCGCUGGAGUCCACUCUCAAAUACUGGCUAAAAUCUUUCUCCAGAGAUCAGUUCAAGUUACAAGGACGCACAGUGCAGCUCUCUAAUAUAGAUAUAAGUGGUGAUGCUUUGCACGCAAGUCUUGGAUUGCCGCCUGCAAUAACCGUAAGCAUGGCGAAAUCAGGGAAGUUGGAGAUUGUGCUUCCGUAUUUGAGUAAUGUGCAACUGGAGCCCAUUGUUGUAAUGAUUGAUAAGCUUGAUGCUGUGUUGGAGGAAAAUGAUGAUUUGGAUGCACGUAGGAGCACAAGCAGUGCACAGGCGUCUUCUAGUUCAUCAAAAGGUGGUAGCUAUGGAUUUGCUGAGAAGAUCGCUGAUGGAAUGACAUUACAAAUACGAACCAUCAAUCUAUUACUUGAUACUCAUGGUAGUGGUGGUGGAGAGGCAAGUUGGGUACCACCAAUGGCAUCUAUUACAAUCCGCAAUCUUGUGUUGUACACCACUAACGAGAACUGGCAGGUUGUGAACCUUAAGGCAGCAAGGGACUUCUCAAAUGACAAGAGCUUCAUCUAUGUGUUCAAAAAGCUUGAAUGGGAGUAUCUAUGUAUGGAUCUGCUGCCUCAUCCUGAUAUGUUUGCAGAUCCUUCUCAAAACAAGAAACAUGAUAAGGGUGGUGCAAAGCGGGUGUUCUUUGGUGGUGAGCGGUUUAUCGAUGGAAUAUCUGGAGAGGCUUAUAUUACAAUACAAAGAACGGAGCAUAAUCGUCCAUUAGGUAUGGAACUUCAGGUGCAUAUUACAGAAGCCGUCUGCCCAGUGUUAAGUGAGCCAGGACUUCGAGCUGUUCUUCGUUUCUUCGCGGGAGUAUAUGUUUGUCUUAACAGAGGAGAUGUGACUCCAAAUGCUCAAAAGCAAUCGAUAGAAGCUGCUGGGCGUAUAAUAGUCUCCUUUAUGGUGGAUCAUAUAUUUCUUGGCAUCAAAGAUGCUGGGUUCCAGCUAGAACUUCUGAUGCAGUCACUUCACUUUUCUCGGGCAACUGUAUCUGAUGGAGCAAUUGCCAAAUGCUUAACUCGGCUCACGCUUGGUGGACUAAUUUUAAGGGAUACGUUCUCUCGUCCACCAUGCCCACUAGUGCAACCAUCCAUGCAAGAUGCUGCAGAUGAACCUCUACACAUUCCAGAUUUUGGAAAAAAUUUCUGUCCUCCAAUAUAUCCGCUAGGCGAUCAGCAACCACCAACGCAGGAUGACCGUGUCCCACUCAUGUCCCUCCAUUGUCUUAAAUUCAUGCCCUUCCUUCCCCCACCAGAGAUUUCUUCACACACUGUAAUCGAAUGCAAGCCUCUUACGAUUCAUCUUCAAGAAGAGUCGUGUGUAAGAAUAUCAUCUUUCCUAGCUGAUGGAGGUGUGGUUAACCCCGGUGAUAUAUCUCCAGAUAUCUCCAUCAACUCCAUUCAAUUCAAUAUCAAAAAAUUAGAAAUCACUGUUCCACUGGAGCCCAGGAAACCAGACCAUCCCACAUAUUUCCAUCACCAUUCGAGCUCCUUCAAUGGAGCAAGGCUUCAAAUCCACAACUUACAUUUCUCUGAAACACCUUUUCUAAAACUUGGCCUGCUCAAUCUUGACAUGGAUGCUGCAUGCUUCUGUUUGUGGGAAGGCCAACCGAUUGAUGCCAGCCAGAAAAAAUGGUCAAUCGGAGCUUCUCUGAUUUGCCUCUCUCUAGAAACAUGUAGCAAUCCCUUUGGACCUAAUCCUUCUAGGAUACGCUCUUCAGAGUUAGAGUUAUGGAGGUGUAUAGAGAUGAGAAGUGUUUGCAUUCAGGUGGCUAUGGUAACAGCAGAUGGAACUCCGUUAACACACGUUCCUCCACGUGGAGGUGUUGUCAGAGUAGGAAUCGCCUGCGAACAAUAUCUAUCCAACACCUCCAUCGAGCAACUGUUUUUUGUUUUGGAUCUGUACGACUAUAUCGAUGACGUCAGCGUUAGGAUGGCAAUGGCGGGAAUAAGUAAACCAACGAAGAUUGUUAGAUCCGAAAGUUUGGAUCAUGAAAGUUUAAGCGAAAAGGUCCCUGCUGAUACUUCAAUCAGUGUAUCGGUUAAGAAUCUGAAACUGACGUUUCUAGAAUCUUCCUCCGUAGACAUUCAGGGUACCCCUCUAGUUCAACUUGUCGGAGAUGACCUGUUGAUGAAAGUCGCUCAUCGAACCUUGGGUGCUGCGAUGGCAAUUUCGUCAAAUCUGCAGUGGGAGAAAGUGCAGGUGGAGUGUGCAGAGACAGAUACAAGUUUGAGUGAGAUGCGAGGUGUGUUUUGGGUGCAAAACAAGAGGAAUUCGAACGGCGUUCCGAUUCCGUUUAUGAAUAUAAGCGUGGUUCAUGUGAUUCCAUACAAUCCAGAAGAUACAAAGUGUAGAAGCUUCCGUGUAAUGGCUUGUAUUGCGGGUGUACGUCUUGCAGGUGGAAUGAAUUACAACGAAGCUUUACUCCACCGUUUCGGGAUUCUAGGGCCAGAUGGAGGCCCGGGGGAUGAUCUCUCGAGAAGUUUACAUCAUAUAUCUUCGGGACCUUUGUCAAAACUAUUCAGACCAUCGUCUCCGUUUGCCGAUGACGUAGAGACUCGGUAUGAAGGCGUAGGGAGUAUUAGUAGUAGCAGCAGUAGUAGUUACCUGCAGUUGGAUGAAGUGAAUAUAUCGAUAGAAUUGAAGGACUGGAUAUUUGCGUUGGAAGGCGCGGAAAGGCUGAAGUUGGAAGUGGAGGAUUCCUGCAGCAGAGAAAAGAGAUCCUGGCAUACGUUUUUUGAGAGUUUUGUAGUGAAAGCAAAUGGAAGCAAAAACCAGAAAGUAAAAAAUUCGAUUCAAGGAGAAGCACAUAAAUAUCCUGUUCAAGACGUCAAGGUUGGUAUUGAAGGGUUGAAGACUUUGAAACCUGAGUCACCGACAAAAGGAAGCGCAGAUCAGAGACACAGUGGAGUCGAUAUUAAAAUUGACGUGGUGCCUUGUGAAGACAAGGCUGGGAAUAUUACUUGGGCAGUGGAAACUUUGAAAUUUUCUGCAAAACAACCGAUUGAGGUGGUUGUAAGAAAAGAGGAGCUGCAACAUGUAGCUCAAAUGUGCAAGCUGGAAAUUGAUUCAAUGGGGCGAAUAGCGGCUGGAAUUUUACGAUUGCUUAAGCUUGAUGGACCCGUAGGUCAGGCAACACUGGAUCAACUAAGUCGCCUUGGGAGUGAUGGUUUUGAGGAGAUAUUCUCUCCGCGAAAGGUGAAGACUGAUACUACUACUGAAGCUCCUAGUGGUAGCAUGAACAGGAGUCCAUCUUUCCUUGCACCUGUAGAUGAUAAGGAAAGUUGUUCUUGCUUGGAUCCGACUUUAGCUUCACUUGAGGCAGAAUUGUUGGAGUCACAGUCCAAUUGUGCUGAAUUGAGAUCAUCAGAAUCUUCUUCCAACCCUCACUUACAACAGCUUGCUCGGAAACUAGAGACUAUGCACAGUUUAUUGGCCAGGUUGCGGGAUCAGGUUCAAGUGAUUAAGGAAAGGGAAAGAUGUACAUUCGAGAUGAUUAAUUAUAGAGGCCUAGAAGACGUCCUUUUGUAAUUACCCGUGUUUUCUCACUUAUUAUUUUGUAUGUAUGUUAUUGUUAGCCAAUUUUGAUAGGUAAUUAUUUUGUAAAGCUUCCCUUAAAUGUACUUUUUCGAUUAGAAUGGCAC